UUUGAGAAUGGAGUUAGAUUGGAAUUUAGAACUGGAAAUGUUCCGACUGGAGAAUUCACUACCGGAUGUACUUAUUUGUGAUGAAAGGUGGAUUGGAAUGUUGGCAAUAUAUAGACAAUUACUUUGUGAAUGUCUUGCUAAAUAUGGAAAUGUUUUUGCUGACAGACCUUCAAUCCUUGUUGACCCAAUAAUUGCAAACUUUACAUUAAUUCUUGACAAAGACCAACCCUUUGCCGAAUUAAUACUUAAAUUAUUACAAAAAUAUGGUGCUCUAAAUAAAGAAAUAACCCCUCAAGAAUCUGUUCGGCGUUUUCGACAUGUUUGUAAUCAAUUUAUGCUUCCCUCUUUAGCUUUAAUAAAUUCUGAAGGAUGGAAGGAAAAAAUAAAAAAAUAUUUAAAUGGGGAAAUUAAAGAAGAGCCUAAUCCAAUAAAUUUAUUGUCAACAGAGCCGUGUAAAAUGAUUAAAAUUUCGGAUUUUCAAAUAUUAUUGUGUGGAAUACAUUCGCUCGAUUAA